GCCAAUGUCUCUGGAAGCUCAAAUAUGGCUGCGGGCAAUCGCCGGCUUCAGCAAACUCAACACCAAGUAGAUGAGGUUGUUGACAUCAUGAGAGUGAAUGUGGACAAGGUGUUGGAGCGAGAUCAGAAGCUGUCAGAGCUGGAUGACCGUGCUGAUGCCCUGCAAGCAGGGGCUUCCCAGUUUGAGACCAGCGCGGCCAAGCUGAAAAGGAAGUAUUGGUGGAAGAACUGCAAGAUGUGGGCAAUAUUGAUAGCUGUUGUUGUCAUUAUCAUCAUCAUCAUUAUUGUCUGGAGUCUGUCUUCAUGAGUUACAAGAA